GCAGCUCAGUCAGCUGACCCUACAAUGGCCCCAAUACGCGACAAAUUCACAAUACACUCAAAGGCCAUCGUCUGCCAGGAUGUCGAGCUCAAGGGCGAUAUCACCAUUGGCUCAGGUACAAUUGUUCACCCAAAGGCAACCAUAUUCGCGAUCGCAGGUGCCAUCGUGAUCGGCUCGGGAUGCAUCAUCGAGGAGAGCGCAAUUAUCGUCAACAGGAGAAAAGAAAUCAUGCGCAUUGGCGAUGACAACCUAUUUGAAAUUGGCUGCCGAGUGGAGUCCCCAGCAAUCGGCAACUUCAAUACCAUAUCAACACGUGCACGAGUUCACCAUACCGUCCGCAUAGGGUCCUACUGUGUGAUCGGUGCUGCAUGCGUUGUAGUUCCCACAGAAGAGGAGUCUCUCGGCGACUACACUGUCUUUUACGGGCCUGCAUCGGAACGGCGCACUUGGAGCGGAAGAGGCAAGGUGCAGGAAGCAGACCUGAGGCACAAACACACAGAGUAUCUCCGUGAGAUGCUCCCAAAGUUUAAUCGCUUGCGUAGGGGAGAUGGGACGUAAACAGGUCUUCAACAUUAAUCGCUCUCUUUUAAUCUUGACAGAUUCUGACGGCUUUGAGAAAAGAGACAUACCGAUAUAACCAUUACAUUAGCAAGGAUGGCGAUUAUUCACUGCACCGCAACGCAUGUCCCCUUGACGUAUAAUACCACGCGUUAUCUCGCUGGUGGCCUGGUUCACUCAUUACCACAAUAAUUUCCGUUCAGGCU